AUGCUUGUGAGCACUCCUCUUCUACAGCACACGAAGGUGCAAAAUUUGCCUCAGACACUUAAUACCAAACACACAAAGCUGCUUUGCACAGGUUCAGAUCAUUUUCCAUCUAGGCCACACAGACGUAUUAGCGUAAGCACUAGAUUGGCUCUGCACAGCCCUGACCUCACCACCACUUUCCCCUUCCAGUACAUGGAAGUGAUGCUCCCUCUGUCAAAUGUUGUUGUUGCAGCUCCACCCAACCAGGUGAGCUGCUCUUGAUCCCUCAUAAUAGUAUACAGCAUUUUAAAAAUGGGUGAGAUUUCUUCUCGUGGUAAGUCUCAUGAUUUUUAUUUUUAAAAUCUUUGGCCCUUUUCACUUUGUUUUUAGCUAAGGAAUCUUUCUGCCCAUGUCAGACCUUUCGCCCACAGAAAGUUAUAGUACAUUCCUCCACACAAGGAAAAGAUAACAAGGAAAGAAAAGGAGAAGGAAAUCAGAAGAAACCAAGCUGGUUAGUAAAGAUAAUAUUGUCUAUACUGUCUGCUUAUGAAAUGAAUGAAUGAAUGAAUGAAGAUGAUCUGGAUAAUUGGGGGGAGUGAAUAGAAUUCAAAGCAGAAUUCAUAGUUAGCCUAGCCCAAAGACAAUAGGUGGUAUCUAAUGAAGUAGUUCCAUCAGUGGUGGAGCUUGGGGUCUCAAAUUUCAGUGGAGCCCUGCGCAACUUCAAAAUUCACCACCCUCCCCUUUUCGUGCUCCAUUCUAAAUCAUAGUUGUGGUGUCCCCAGUGUUGCCACUCCCCUAAAUCCGUUCCAUUAGGACAUGAAUAAGAGAAAACACACAGGCCUGGACACAAAUCAAUACACAAAAGAGAAAUGUCAAUAUAUACACAUCCUUUAAUUUAGGUAAUCCCAUAAUGACCUAAAGAAUUUAAAAGCAACAUUCAUAUUAGCAAUACCUGGCAAAGUCAAGAUAGUUUGGACUGUUUAUAAAACCUCAGGCUAUAUGGAUCAUUUGCGUUUACCUUACCAUGGAACAACUUGCCCUUUCCUUUUUGCCUCCAUCAACCAUUUGCUCUCUAUAACCUUGAAAAUCUUACAGCCACUGAUCUUUUGUCCUGAAAUUUCCUUUGCAUAUAAUUGAAUGCACAUUUGGAAGGUUACUAUAUAUUUAUAAAGUGGUUGGUGUGCGGGAAUCAAAUCAAAGACACAGAAUGAAAACCUGAGUGUAUUUGUAAUCGAUUUAGCAACUGCACACAGGGUCUAUUAAGUAUAACCCAUGAGAGAGAGAGAGAUUUUGUUCUGUUACGUUCUCGUCCCCAGAAACUCAGUGUGGCACUCGAGCCUCACAAUACCCCUUUGAAGUAUGCUAUACCAAGAAAGAGUGAUUUUCCCAGGGCUACCCAGUGAGCUUCAUAUGUGAGCAGGGAUUUGAUGCAUCGAAACUCAAGAGUACAGCCAUAACUCUCUCUUGGCUCUCUUGUCUUCUUAAAUCCUACGUACACUCUGCAUAUAGGUCAACAGGAAGCCACACCUGACCCUCCUUUUGCUGUAGGAAUUGAUCUUGGUCUCUUCAUCUUGCCAACCUUAAGUUUAGUUCACCCCAUUUCCACAGCAUUUUUCCCCCCUUCUUUUAAAAGCUGCCACAAAAAUUCAGGUAGAUGAUAUUCUGUAUCAGUUUGCUGACAGACUGGCUCUCUCCCCCAUCUGCAGUGCAUACAAAUAGUCAAAAAUUUGAUUUUGUUCCCUCAAGGAACUCUCUAAUAGGGUGCACCGCAGUAACCAACCCAGUGCACACUGAAUUUUAAAUGCACACAGCAGCUCUCCAUCUCCUUUGGAUUUGAUCAGAAAUGAGGAGGAGAACAAUAAGAUUUAGGGCAUGUGUUGUGUUGUAGGCGGAGCAGCUCGUGGGCACAUAGAGCUAUAUAUAUAGAUGCCUGAGCUGCGCAGCUCAGGAUCCCAGAUAGUUUUGCUGUGGGCUGCAACCCGUCUGAGAAUUUUUCUCCAUCAUGAAGCUGACACUCAUCCUGCUCAUCGCCCUAGCAUGCUACUGCUCUUCAGGUAAGCAUCACUACUGAGACUUCUGGCUCUCGGUUUCAAUAGACUCAAGAAGCAAACAUUUAGUAGCAUGGCAUAACAUUUCCAAAGAUGCCAUUUGUAAAUGAAAUACAGUAGAAUCUCGGUGAAAUGAACUCCCAAGAGCUGGACAUUUUAGGCAAUGAGACGUCCUGGACCAGCUCCGCAGGGCCUCCACUCAAGUACAGCACAAUGCAAAGUAGGCUUACUCAAAAGUAAGUCCUGUUGUGCCCAAUGGGGCUUUCUUCCCAGUGGCCUGCAAAAAAAGAUGCAAAAAAAAAAAAAAGGAAAAAAAGGCUCCUGUACCUUUAAAAAUUUCAGCAGGUGUAGUUUGGCAUAGGAGGUGCAUCUGCAGAAAUCUCCUCUUUUACACAGCUGUUAAAAGGUGCAAGAGCCCUGUCCUUUUUUUAUAACCUGGGCACCCUAAAAAUCACUGAAGAUGAUAGUCAGUUUAAGUGGACUACAACAGGACUCAGUUUGAUCUAGUGACAUGUGCAUUUUAUGGUAAGUUAAGAUGUCAUAUUUAUGGCCUCCAAUUUAGAAAUUACUCGGCUGUGAAAAGGCCAGUUUUGGUUAGUGCUACACAGAGGAAGUAUAGUAUUCCCCCCCCCCCCGCAUCUACGGACCCCAGGAAACAUAGCACCCUCUGGUCAGGGCUGUGUGUCCCUGACAUACAAACAUGGUAAGGAAAGAACAUUUAAACCAUCCUCAUGUGGUGUCAACACAAGAAAGUGCUUUUCCCGUGGAGCUUUCUUGCAGAGACAUGGGCAUCCAAGCUGGAGCUGAGCUGGGCCCUCUCAGCUGAAUCAUAUUAUUUCCAUCCAGUUAUCAGGUGAUUAUUUCUUUUUUCUAAGAUGACAAUAAAGAGUUUAAAUAAAACAUGUAUAAAGUAUUAAAAAUUCAGUUUUUGUUUUUGUUUUGUUUCCUCCCCCCUCCCCCCCCCCAGUUUAUUCUGAGCUAUGUCCUUCUGUCCAGAAUUCAGUGACUGCAUUCCUUUCUGGAACAGCGGAUGACUUAAAAGAGGAGCUUAAAAAACACGUACCUCGUUCAAAGUAUGGGAUAACCAAUGCACAGAAGGUGCAAAGUUGUACCCAGGAUGAAUUUACAGAAAAGGAAAAAGAGGGGUUAUAUGAUCUUGUGGUAAUUAUCUAUUUUGCCAUUUUUUUCUUGCCUGUGUUUGGGUAUUUAUUAUACCUUGUCUUUCAUCCCGUCAAACUUUAUUUGCAGUCUGCUAUUUAAAAACAUUAUUUUAGCAUGCAUGUGCCACAAGUUAAUAUCUGAUGAUCUAAAAAGGAUCUAAAUUCUUUGUCCUGCCAUCUAUAUUACCAGAGCCUUCUCCAUAUGUCAGAGACUAAUUCAGGUCAUACAGUAAUAACUCUAGUUUAAUAUGCAUGCAGCAGGCCUGUGCCAUCAUAUGGAAGACCCAUCUUUUCCAACCCUAAACCUGCCCAGUUGUUCUGAUGGUUGAGCCAAGUGAAUCGAGGCAAAGUUGCCUUUUAUUGACUUUCAGUCAUUUUCACCAUGGCAUGAUCUUCUACUGUUCAGGAAGCAAUCUGUUGAGUAAUGCUUGCCAAGAACCAGCUAGUCCCAACCUUCCUCAUUUCCUUUAUCGCCUGUACUUACAUGUGUUUCAUUUCAUUUCAGAAAAAGAUGGUUGACAAAUGCAGCAGCGACGAGUAA